AUGCUCUUGGAAGAUUGUGUGAAGGAUUGUGUAUAUUUUGAUUCUGCACUGAUGAAAGAAACGAAUAAAGAAGUUAUUUUACAAUCAGUUAAGACAGAUGAUGAUAAUGACUUUAAUCAUGACA